CCCGAUAUCCAUAGAAGGGGAUGAAAUAUUCGGGGGAUGAGAUGUUACUCCUCCUGACCGUCAACAUAUAAAAGUGGUCUCACAAUUCAAUUCAAGACAGGAGGAGAGGUGGAAACGGCAGCGUUUACAUGAUGUCCAAAGCAAAGGCUUCACCACUUCCUGCUGGGUGCAAUCUGGACAUCAACGAUCCUCAGGUUCAGGAAGCCGCCAUUCGAAUUCAGGCCUCAUAUCGUGGCCACAGGUCCCGAAAAGAGAUGCGCGAGAAAGGCCCUCCUAAGAUCCUACAGGACCUCAAAGAUGUGGUUCUUGUUGAAGGCAGCGCAGCAAAGCUGGAGUGCAGAGUUAGUGCUUUCCCAGAUCCGUUCAUCACCUGGUACAAAGAUGGAAAGGAAUUAAAGGAUGGUCCCAAGUACCGUUAUGUUUUUGAAGACCCAGAUUUUGUGGCACUUGUGGUUCGAGACGGGGUACUUGCUGAUCUGGGCAAAUACAAGGUGAACAUCAAGAACCCUUUCGGGCAAACAUCAGGAUCUGCUUGUAUUCUAGUGGAAGUCCCUGCUAAGGUUUCUAAAGGCCCAGAAAACGUAAAGGCCAAGAGGGGAACAACAGUGGUUCUCAAGGCUGAUAUAAGUGGGGAGCCACCUCCAGAUGUUGCCUGGCUAAAAGAUGGAGAUGACGUCGAAGAAGAUGACAGGAUAUUCUUUGAUGUCGGAGACACCAACACAAUUUUGACCAUUAAAAAUGCCAAAUUGGCAGAUGCUGGAAAGUACGAAGUGUUUGUGGAGAACAAUCUUGGGACUGACCAGUCCUUUGCUCGAGUUGACAUCGUCUGAUGAAACCUGUCAAGCGCACAAAUGCAAAUGCAAAUGCUAAUGCUAAUGCAAUACCACCUGCUGGUCUUAAAGUGAUGAAAGAUUGUAUUGAUGCAGUUCCUUUUGAUCCUGAGAAU